CGUUGCAUUUGACUUAAGUGCUACAGUCGUAUUAUUUUGCAGCGAGGAACUCAUUUGUUAACAGAAGACGUUUUCGGAAAAGUAAUCGUUGGUUAUUUCUCUUACAAGGCUAGACCUGUGAACAACACAGAUGAACACCAUAGUGGUAACCCAGCAGCCGGCGGGCAGACAGAUGCUGAUCGGGUCUGUUCAGGGCCACAGAGACUGGAAUAGCGGGAUAUGUGCUUGCUGCUCCGACUGCAAAUCAUUGAUGAUGACAUAUUUCUGCCUGACGUGCGCCAUCUGUAACAUCUCGACACGGGCGGGUGAGUGUAUGUGCAUGCCCUGGUGUGUCCCCGGGGGUCUAAUUGCACUCAGGGCCAGAAUCAGGACGCUUGGAGGUGUUGAGGGUUCCAUCUGCUUUGACUGCAUGGCGAUGUCGUGCUGUUUCUUGUGUGCCAUUUGUCAGAUGCAGAGAGAACUUGAUGCUAUGGGCCUCUAAAUUGACCAGCAGUUCGGGCCAUUUAUGUUAGUGAGAUGAUUUCGAAGAGAUAUCGUGCACUUUUAUUUAACUUGCAUUUAAAUGAAGAUAAUGCUGCUUUUUUUGUAAACAGAGCUACUUUACCACUGUUUAUUGUGUAUAUGUAUACAAAAAUUGUUUAAAAAAUCGUGCGAUAUUAAAGCAUGAGAACUAUGUUUGAUUAAUUUGAUAGUCAUGACAAUAACAUUAUUUACUAGGCGAUACUAGAAUGUAUUCAUAUAGUAUGUGGAUUCUCGUAUUGGCUUUAUUCUACUUCUACAUCGACCUGUUUUUGUAUAUCAUUUUUAAGGUAAUAGUAGAAUAAUUGACGCAGAUGAGUUUAAAAUACGUAUGCGAACCAUAUAUAAAAAGGUUAUUUUCUUACCAGUUUUCGUUUAACUUGGUGGUAUUUGCGGUGUGAGAUGUAUGCACAGAUCAUGUUUUCUCCCACCUCAGAUAAGUAGAUCCAAUAAUUUAACCAUGCUAGAUAGUCUUAUCUUGCCCACGGGCGAAGAUAAAAUGCCGGUAUGGAACUCCUUUUUGUAAUGGUCACAACAUUGUAAUUACCUCCCUUAUUGAAGACUGUCGUCAGUAGCAUCAAGGAAAUCUUGUCUUAUAGUAAUAUAUAGAACGCUAAUUAAUUAUUUCUCGCUUCAAAUAUCACCAUAAAACAGUUUUUAAGUAACAUUCAAGAAAUAAUGCUUCAUUCUCCUUAGAACUAUUUAAAAAGACCGAUUUGACUAUUAACAUUAACUGAAUCAUUGCGCGCAUAUCCAUGACAACCACGUGCUAUCGCAUAUCCAUACGCAAUUAUUUUCACUAAGCACAAAAGAGUUCCAGCAAAAAAUCAUUUUUACUUAAUUUUGUUUAACUGAGGUGGGAGAAAAAGCAUCUACCAUAGCCGCUCGUGUAAGAUAGGUUCAUCCCGACCCUCGCGCAGGGUGUUUUGCGGAAACUCGGUAAACCUCGUUUCCGCAAAACACCCUACGUACGGGUCGGCAUGAACCUAUCUUACAAUCUCAGCCAUGGAAGAUACUUAUAUUCUUAGAUAGGCUAUCAAUAUAAGCUUAGCCUUAGGUGUAGGAGUAUUAGUAAAUAAAAGUAAAGGAGCUGUAAGAUUAUUCCUUCUUGCAACUCUUAUCCUUCCCAGGCUUUUUUUCAAUAAGUAUGAAUGCACUUUGCGAUCAAAGGUACACAAGAGAUCCAAACCAUUAUGAAAGAGACCCCAACUUUUUGUCAGUUACCACCAAAAACACUUGGGAGAUCACAGUCUAAUGCAACAGCAAUAUAUAAAAGAGCUGGAAAUAUAUCUCGGAAUCUAGAGCUUGUUAUCAAUUCUGCCUUAAUCUUCAGUUGUUCAGUAACUUUAAGAUUUAAUAUUCUACGAUAUCCUAAAAUGACUAAAAUUUAUAAAUUAUAUAUUAUUUGUGUUAGUGUGUGUAUUUAAUAAAACAAACUGUUAAAAACA